AUGAGUGAUGUUUCUGAAGAAAAAGAAAACACAAAGCGUGGAAAUACGCAAAUUAAUCGUGCGCUGGCAUUUUUAACUGUUGUAGAUGCAAAAACAAAAAAAUAUCGCUGUAAAAUUUGCAAAAACGAGUUAAGUGGCAAACAAUCAACUAAUCUCGUGGCUCACUUUAAAACUGAUCGACCCAACCACAAAGAAAUUUAUUACAAUGAAAUUCUUGAAGCCAAACAACCACAUGUUUUUGUUCAAAGAGAAGAGUUUCUAUUUAGUGCUGUCGAGCUUUGCACAAUCAAUAGUGAACCAUUUGCUGUUCUAUCGAAGUCUGGGUAUCGGAAUGGUCACAAACGACAAUUAGAACUGUUUAAAUCGGCCGGUUGUCCAGUAAAUCUAUCAGACGAGCAUCUCUGCGAAAUUAAAGAAAAAGUGCACACGACCGCUAAGCAAAUUAAAGAGCAAAUUAAAUCUGAAACACACAAUAAAAUUGUUUCGGUUAUGGUAAAUUCAGCCACUCGGAAUGGUCGCUCAAUUUACGGCAUUAGUUUACAAUAUAAACAAAAUGGCGUUGUGAAAGUCGUUGCAAUUGGAAUGCGCGAGUUGAAGAAAUCACACACGGCAGAAUAUUUAGCAGAGGUUUUAAUCGAAGUUUUGUCUGAAUACGAAAUCACGUUGGAGCAAGUAAUAUCUAUAACAACUGACAACGGCAGUAACAUGUUGGCAAUGGUAAAAGAGGUGGAGGAUAUAUUAUUUAAAUUACGAGGCGACAGUAGCACUCAGCCAUCUGAAAGUGAAAAACAGUGCGAACAAAGCCAGACACAAUCAGCAGAGCCUAGCGAAAAUGAUGAUAGCAUUGAUAAAGACAUUGAUCAUCUGCUGAAAACCACAAUGGACGAGGAUGCAUUAGAUGAACUUUUGGGCGAUGUUGAUUUUUACGAAAAUCUCUUUGAAAAAUUGGUGGCCAAGUUGAGAAACGAAACAGGCAAUCAAUCAUUGUUUGUCAACUCAAUCAAAUGCGCUGUACAUACAAUCCAGCUCGCAGUCAAAGAUGCCUUGAAAUUUUUAUCGACACAAGAUCAAAACGUCGUCGACUUAUGUCGAUUGGUGGCUAAAUUCUUACGUAAACAGAGCACCCAAAAUGAAAUGCGAGAAGAAGGACUGACUUCAAUUCUGCCAUGCUUGGAUGUUAAAACCAGAUGGAGUUCUACUUACCUUUUGAUUCAGAGUAUUUUAAAAUUGAUGUUACAGAAAAAAGACUUUACGCUCUCUGACUUUAAUGGGCUACUAAAAAUGAUGGACAUGAAACUGAAUCAAUUCAAGUCGGAUCCUUGUCGUUAUACAAAACUAGCAGAUGCUUUGCAGAGCUGCUUAGAUCAACGCAAAAAGCCGUUGAUUACCAAUUCAUUGAUGCGUUGCGCAUUGUUUUUGGACCCCCGAUACAAAUGUGAUAUCGAUUCGGAUAAAGAGUUGGUUGUUUUUGUCAAACUGACUCUUGCAAAUAUAUGGCAGCGAAUCAAAUCAGUUAAAAAUUGCGAGGAAACAAACGAAGUGGCAACUCAAGUCGAAAUACAAAGUAAAUCAUCAUAUGGAAUCAACGAUUUGUAUGAAGAAUUGGACGAAGAAUAUGCUGCCCAAAAUCAUACACAGAGUGAUCAAGAUCUGGAUUUAUCGAAAGACAAAAGUGAAAUUGAAUUUGCUAUCCAUAAAUAUGAACAGUCUGUUGCAGUAUUUGGAGAACGCUAG